AUGGAUGGUGGAGGUGGUAUGAGUGGUGGAGAUGGUAUGGGUGGGGGAGGUGGUAUGAGUGGUGGAGAUGGUAUGGGUGGUGGAGAUGGAAUACUUGGUGGAGGUGGUAUGGAUGGUGGAGGUGGUAUGAGUGGUGGAGAUGGUAUGGGUAGUGGAGAUGGUAUGGGUAGUGGAGAUGGUAUUGGUGGUGGAGAUGGUAUGCGUAGGGGAGAUGGAAUAGCUAGUGGAGGAGAUGGUAUGGGUGGAGGAGGCGGUAUAGUCUGUGGUAGUGGUAUAGGAGGUGGAGAUGGUAUGAAAGGAGGCGGGGGUAGUAUCAGCCUAAGCACUGGUAUAGAUGGCAAGGGUGGUAUGGGAGGAGGAGGUGGUAUGUGGACGGGAUCAGGUAUGGUUGGAGGAGGUGGUACUGACGGGGGAGGUGGUAUUGAGGGUGGCGGUGGUAUAGCUGGGGCAGGUGGUAUCAAGGGUGGAGAGGGUAUAGCUGGGGGAAAUGGUCCUGUGGAUGCAGGUGGCGAUGAUGAGGAUAUCUUAGGACGUAAAGGAAUGGGUGCCGGCAGAGGUGAUGGUACUGUUGUCCGUGAUGUGGACCCAAAAGAGGAAGUCGCCGUCAGAGCGAAUGCUGACGGAGGAGAGAGGGGCAGGGAAGCCAAAGGUGGAAGUGCGAGACGAGAAUCCGCAAGAACCUUACGAGAGGUUGGCAGUCGUGGUGGAAAGGAAGCUAGUGGUGGCAGUGGUGGAAGGGGCGGAAGAUCAGCUAAUUGGGCAGUGGUGGAAGAGCCGGUAGUGGUGGCAGUGGUGGAAGAGAGGGCAAGGGAGGAAGAGGUGGCAGCAGUGGCAAAGGUGGUAAUGGUGGUAUGGGUGGCAGAGGGGGCAGUGGGGGAAGGGGAGGCAGUGGUGGCAGAAAGAGUAACAGGAGGAGGAGGAAGGGAAAUGGGAGGAAGUGAAGAUGAUGUAGAAGCUAUUGCAAGAGCAAAAGUUGCAUGA